GCAAUUCUUCGUAUCUACGCGAAACAAGCGUACACGAGGCAACUGAUUAAACUUAUUGUAUCUUGGACGACCGCUUUAAUAAUAGCAUUUUGUGAUAUUUCACUGAAUCUAUAUUAUAUAAGUCAGGCGUAUAUCGUACGUCCCUCCUAUGCAGCUUACGUUAUAUCGACAAUAUAUUUAUUUUUGCCUCUACCUGGAUUUUAUCAUCCAAUCAUUUUGAGUUGUGUGAUCAGCUUAAUAUACGGGGCCGAUUUUCUGUUAAUAACUGCAAAGAAUGCAACCAUUAAUUUGUCAGAUGUCACAAUGGUUACACCCGAAAUUUUCUUCCUUAUUGGUUUAAAUAUAAUUGGCGUAACUUGUCGUUGGAGACGUGAAAUUAUAACACGUCUUCUAUUUCUUACUAAACGUCAAAGUGUGGAGCAAGCAGUAGCUUUCAAAUACGCAAAAGAUCAAGAGAAAAAUCUUUUAGUAAGCAUUAUACCAGAACCGAUAGCAAAAAAAAUUGGACAAGAAGUUAGAAAUCGCAUUGAAAGAUCGAAGGUCGGUCAGCAAGGGUUGUAUGAAGGAAGAACUUUUUUUGUCGAGCCUCAUGAAGAUGUAAGUAUUAUCUUUGCCGAUUUAGUUAAUUUCACGUUCUUGACAACGAAAUUGGACGUCAAGACCCUAGUGGAAACGUUACAUGAUCUAUUUCAAAGAUUUGACAAGGCGUGUCAAGACUUUAAUGUAAUGCGUAUUAAAUUUUUGGGUGAUUGUUACUAUGCCGUGUCUGGUAUACCCGUCUCACAUCCAUUGCAUGGUGUUUGCUGUAUUGAACUGGGACGUGCUAUUGUAGCACAUGUUCGUGAAGUUAGAACCGUCAGAAAUCUGGAUGUUGAUAUGCGUAUCGGCAUACAUUCAGGCAGUUUACUAGCGGGUAUUAUUGGAUCAUCAAAAUGGCAAUAUGAUGUUUGGUCCACGGAUGUUAACAUUGCAAAUUGUCUCGAAACGACUGGUAUACCGGGACGUGUCCACAUAAGUAAGGCAACGCUGAAUUUAACUGAAGAUUUUUACAUUUACGAAGAGGGUACCGAACAGGCUAAAACGCAUCCAAUAUUAUUGAAAUACAAGAUAAAAACUUUUCUAAUAAUUGAACCGAGUAUCAAAAUGAAUACCUCGAUUGAAUGGCAAAAUUACUUAGAAAGUAAAAAGGAGGCGGAAGAAACUACUCCCAGUAUUGAUAUUGAAAUAACCCCGAACGAACCCAAGCAGAUGGUUUAUCAAGAGAUUGUGGAAAAAGCUAACGAAUUAAUGGAAAUUGAAGUGGGAAGCUUACCGAUUUGCAAACUGCAAUUUUAUCGGUACUGCUUUGAACGACCGCGACAUUUAACCGCCGAUCAAAUUGAGGAAUAUCGGGCCGAAAGUAAUAUUAGCAGCAUUGGCUUAUUAUUUGGCAAUUGGAGCUGGGAAUUUAAAUAUCUUACAUAUAGAACGGAAUUCUUCAAACAUUACGCUUUGGUGACUUUUCCAGUAUUACUUUGCGUAGUCGCUAUGCAAGCUACAAAGGAACAAAUUCAAAAUACAGUCGAAUUUUGGAUUAUAUGCAGUCUUAUGAUUUUGUGCAAUAUUGCGGUUAUUGUAUUCAUAUGGCGUAAAUAUCUUAUCCGUCGAAUUUUUCGAUGGCGUCCAAUUCGAAAAUAUAUACGACGAGCGCCAUUUAAAUUACGUACGAUAACGUGCGACAGCGAUAUGUUGGCAAACGAUGAUAAGGUUAUAUUUCUAUUAUUGGAAGAAGGCAUACGGAAGUUGUGCUUCAAUUCAUGGGCUGUCACUGAAUCCUUAUGCUUAUAUGUGGCUUUGGCGUUUACUUGGCCUCUCAUACCAAUCACUUUAUCAUUCUUAAUGACAGUACCUUUGCUAAUAAUCUAUAGUAUUGGGAUUUAUACGCAUUUGUCUUUGAACUACGAAUCCAGUGUGUCGACAAACAUUACCACAUCUGCUGAACUCGCGCAUGUCUGGGUUCUAUUAAUAAUUUGGUUUCUAUAUAUGCUUAUCAGUCGUCAUCUAAUAUUUAUAUCGAAAUUGAAUUAUUUUAAUGAGAGGCAAUUGCAGCGGAGAAUUGAUAGUUCCAGUAUUACAAACGAAUCGAUCCGCGCAUUGCUACUUAAUAUACUUCCCGCACAUGUGGUUCAAGUGUAUUUAACGAAACGUUUAAAAAAUGAACCCUACUACGAGAAGCAUGAAUACGUAGCGGUAAUGUUCGCAACUGUUAUUCAUGAGGAGGCGCAUCUAAUGGAUUUGCGUUUAAUGAAUGAAAUUAUGUGCGAUUUUGAUGAAGUUUUAAAAUUUUACAAGUUUUCGGAGAAAGUGGAAAAAAUCAAAGUUAUCAAUUGGACUUAUAUGGUUGCGUGCGGUUUAGGUUCUAGACGUGGUUAUUUACCGCAAAGUUUAAAACGGGAUAGAUCACCAUUUACACCGCAUGAAAAAGAGAGUCGAAGAACAAUAAGAAAACGAUCAAGCCACAUCUUCGCAUUUGUUAUUGAUAAGCCUGAAGGCAAUAAUGUGGAAACAAAUGAACAAUUCCCUUCUCCCUUACUCUCUUCCUCUAAUUCUUCUUCUUCUUCUAUUUCUUCUGAGGAUGAAUCUGACAGAAUGAAUAUGCGAUUUAUGCGAAAUAAGAAGGGAGUGGUCUAUGUUUUAGCAAAUUUCGCAGUCGAAUUUCUGAAAGUUAUACGAUCGAUUAAUAGCGUAAUUCAGGAAUCCCGUAGCCGGGGCACUCCGCCGCUUGAACUUCGAAUCGGCAUUAGUUCUGGUGAAGUUAUGGCUGGAGUGGUUGGAUCCUCUCAGGCGCAUUAUGAUAUUUGGGGUAAUGCUGUAAAUAUGGCCGCGCGAAUGGACACUACCGGUGAACCGGGCUACAUUCAAGUUACCGAAGAGACUGCGGAAAUCUUACGUGACUAUAAUGUCAGUUGCACAUACCGCGGCUUGAUUGAUGUAAAAGGUCGAGGGGAAAUACCUACAUAUUUUAUAGACGUCGACGAUCAGUUUAAAUUCGGAACAAUCUAAUUUCCCUUUACCGAUUUUUGUUGAGUUUUUAAUUAUUAUUUGCCAAAAGGUUUAUAUCGAUCGUGUAGUUUUACUACUGCUCAAC